GAGUAAUAUAACGCAUCCUUUACACUUCUUCAUGAUGCGUUCAUUCAGGUGAUUAAUGUUUGUCUAAACAAAUCUAUAAGUUGACUUCAGAAGCAUUAAUUGCAAUCGAAAUCUCGUCCCGUUUAUGUUGAGAGUGAUGAGCGGAAAGUGAAACACAGUCGAGACUGGAAGAGGAAGGCUGAAAAAUAGAAAAAAAAGUGUUCACUAGGAAAUAUACAUGAAAUAUCUCAAACAAUGAUCUUUACUAACUUAGAAGACAUCGACCUAGAGGCAUAUGAUUAGAAACAUAUUUAUGGAAUGAAAAUGGCACGCAGACGCAAAACGGAAAUGAAAGCAUCUGUGAAGUCGACAGUGAAAUAUGUACCUGUUCGAAAGUCUAGUAGGCAAAUAGCUAAGAAACAACUAGAAGAAAAGAAGGUCAAUGGGGACGUUCUACAAAUAUCUUAUUCGAAUGACGCAGAAGACAGUAAAACUACUGGAGAUGAUCAGAAUCAGCUGCUUCCUAAAAAGAAUCAAAACUCUUUAAGGAAAUACAACAAGCAUAAGAGCGUCUCCAAUAGUGAUUUACUUGUAAUCAACGAAGAAUGUGAAUACUCGACAUCGCAAUAUAAAAAGGAUGCUAGCGAUAGUGAUAGUCAAGAUGGAAUAAUAGAUGCUAUAAUUGAUCGCUCUGCAAAACUUAGUCCUGAGGACGUCCAACAGGUAGUUGUCGGUAAUCCGACCAAAGAGGCCGUAAUGGAGGCCGAGUCUACGGAAAUCGAAAUAUGGUCGGAAGAUAUGAUAGAAGAAACUAUAAUUUGCGAAGAGAUGGAAGUUAAAGAGGAUGUUAAAGAUGAUAAUUAUAGUUUGGGAAACGAGGACGAUAUGAUAGUGAAAGAAGUAUUAUUAGUAAGCAACUCUUCAUUGAAGAGGAAAGAUUUUGUUGAAUAUACUGUGAUACAGAACGAGGACGGUAUAGAGUCCAUGGUAGUAGAGACAUCUAAUUCGAAAGGCACGUCCGGCGUUGGAUAUUGCACCGAGGAGAAGAAUGUAUGCGACUUAGAGAAAACUGAAAGCGAAAAUUCCAUAUCAGCCUUCUGUAUAGAUGUGCCAAUGACUUCUAGCGAUGCAAAUGAUAAGUCAUCUUAUAAUUUAGAAAAAUUUUAUGCUCACGAUAAGGAGGCAUCUAGCGAUCGAAAAGACUUGCACGGGAAUAGAAAUGUGUGCGGGAUGGAGCCAGAAGAUAUUCUGUCUAAAGACGAUGCAUUUUGCAGAAUAGACAACAAGCUAGCGGAUAUGCAAAUUAGCGAAACUUCGAAAGAAAUACAAAAGUUAGUUAACGAUUUAUCGAACACAGAGAGCAUAACCUCUCCGUUACAUAUUGCUAGUAGCACGGAAAAAGAAAUUCCCAUGACUAUCGACGACGAGAGCAGUUCCUCGAUAUUAGAAAAAAUAGAGCAGUUACAUCAUCCGAAUAAUUUCACGUCUUUGCCCGAUCGUAUGAAUGAAACUAUAAUAGAGCAUAACAAAUCCACUGCCCCGAAUGACAAAACAGAAUGCUCCAAUCAAUCGUCGUUGAAAUCAAAAGUUGUACAAGAUAAGAAAACGGGAAAUCAACGGAAAACUACACAGUCCCAACAAGCCAGUGAAUUAUUGUACGGUGAUCUUGAGACAGAUAAUAAAAUGUACGGGGAGGACACAAAAUUAUCUAGCAGCAGUGAUAACAGUAAUGACACAUUGUUAUCGCUGAGUAAUUGUAAAUUAACAGAAUUUGAAACAAAAUGUAACAGUAAUUCUAAUGACACUGAUAAAAAAGUUGAGUUCAGGAGUCGAAGUGGUAGUACCGAUACAACAGGUUCAGAAAGUGGAUCGAACAGUUCUGCUGUGCGGAGAAGCAGCAGAAUUAGAUCGAUUGGUUUAAUGAAACAGAGAUCUCGUGGGCGUGGUUUAGUUACAAAACCAAAUAUAGAUGUAUCGAAAUCAAGUAGCCAGCAGGAACGCGAAAAAGUGGCUAAUAACAUUGCAUCGACUGCUCAAGAAGUAAAAGUAGAUAAUCCCCCAGAACUACAAUUGGAUAAAGAAAAUAACAUCAAUAAAUCUUCGAGUACAACGUUCGAUUCGUUGACACCACUAGCAACCUCUUGCAAUACUACUGGCUACGAUUCAGACUCCUGCAAGCCUGUCAAAGUGAAAUCUCGUUGGCGAAGGUCUAGCGAACUUGAAAUGGGUGGAUCGAGUACCGGAUUCGGCUCCACGUCCGUAAUUGGGCCUGCAUUUGGCGCCUUACCUUUAAACGCCCCUGAAUUAGGAUCGUUAACGUUUAAAUCUGUGCCUGGAACUGCGAUCGACGUUGGUUCUUCGGAUUCAGGAUCUGGAUCGACGUUAAUUACAACAAUUACUCAGUCUAACGUGGACGCAGAACAGGCAAAGGAAUCGGUGGUAGUAGCUAACAGUGUCACGGGUGUGCAGAUCCCAAAAGCUGUAGGCUCAAAGAUUCCGUUGCCCAUGGUUCCAGAAACAGAGGAUAGAGAAAUGGAGGAGAGGCUCAGCCAGUUUGAAUACUUGCACGAAAAUUUAUAUCUAACAGAAAGGUAUACAAAUAAGGAAACAAAACGAAUGGUGUGCGACUGUUUCUUAACGGAGGAAGAAAUCGACAGAGGAGAAUUAGGUUGCGGUGAAGAUUGUCUUAAUAGACUUCUUAUGAUAGAAUGUGGAUCCAGAUGCGUAGUCGGCGACCGUUGCACGAACAAAAGAUUUCAAAAUUGCGAGUACGCUAAGUGUGAAGUAUUUAGAACAGAGAAGAAAGGUUUCGGCUUACGCGCCAUAGUCGAUCUGUUGGCGGGGGAAUUUAUAAUGGAAUAUGUAGGUGAAGUAGUCGAUCCAAAAGAUUUUCGACGUAGAGCAAAAGAGUAUUCGAAGGAUAAGAAUAAACAUUAUUAUUUCAUGGCGUUGAAGUCUGAUCAAAUAAUCGACGCCACCAUGAAAGGAAAUGUUUCACGAUUUAUAAAUCACAGCUGCGAUCCGAAUUCUGAAACGCAAAAAUGGACGGUGAAUGGUGAAUUGAGAAUAGGAUUUUUUAAUAAAAAAUUUAUAGCUGCCGGUGAAGAGAUUACGUUCGAUUAUCACUUUCAACGUUAUGGGAAGGAGGCACAGAAAUGUUACUGUGAAGCUCUUAAUUGCCGUGGUUGGAUCGGCGACACGCCCGAGGAAGAGAAAGAAAAAACUGAGAAGAAAGAGAAACGUGAGAAGGAUAUGAGAAAGAAGAAAGGAGAAAAAAAACAAACUGAUUAUAUGGAGGAUGAGGAUUUGGAGGAAGAAAUCGAUAAAUUGUGUUCAGGUGGUUUGAAGAACAGAGCCCACACGUUGACAUUAAGUAGACUUAUGGUACGUAGCAGGGAACUGGAGCACAGAACUCGCCUUCUGCGUCUCAUACAAAGUGGAGAACAGCCAUGCAGAAGAUUGUUCCUGGACUAUCAUGGUUUACGUUUGAUUUGGAGUUACGUGAUGGACAUAUCGACUAAUGAUUCCGAAGAAGCGCAACAGUUUCGACUGGAAGUGUUAAAGACUCUGAACACACUUCCGAUUCCGAAUAAGACAAUGCUAAUGGACAGUAAGAUUUAUAACGUGGUAGAGAAAUGGUCGAAACGAUUGUAUUUUUCACCAAAUAGAGAUUCUCCGGAGGACGAUCAGGGAAAAUUGAAAUCAGGCUCCGAGGAAUUACAGAUUAAUUACGAUGCCAACGAAAAGAAAAUCUAUCAGCUGAACGAUACCGAGAAAAAUGACAGUAAUAUGGAAAACUGUGUGGCAGUCGGUGAAGUGAAAUCAGACAAUGGAGAUCAAAAUCUUAUACCCGACCUAGCUUUGAGUCUUCUAGCUGAGUGGUCGAAUUUAAAAGAAGUUUUCCGAAUACCAAAAAAGGAAAGAAUUGAACAAAUGAAAGAGCAUGAAAGGGAAGCAGAUCGUGGGUAUAGAGAAGAAUUAGAAAAGGAAGAAAAGAGAGGAACAUCAUACGAUAGGCAUAGAUCUGACAGAUACGGAAGGAGUGAACCAGAGAAACGUACCGAUCGAAGACGGGGUCGAGAAUCCCCGGAGUCUGAAUACACCCGGACAAAGGAUAAAAGAGUAGAGGAAAGAAGUAGUUUAGUUCCGAUCCCACGAAUGACAAAAUACGAGCGUAGACAAUUGUUUGCUAUGAAAGUGGCAAAGGAAGAAGAAGAACGGCAACGCCGUCAGCAACAGGAAUCAUGGCAAGAUCAUGAAAACAGAUGUUUGGCUUUAGGCAUAGAUCCUCAUACAACUGCUAUGGUAGACCCUCAAACAGGGUAUCCUGUAUUCUAUAAUCCAUCGCUUGGACAAUGGCAGCAUUAUCCUACACAAGAAGGAGAAAUAAGCCAGCAAUGUACCCCGGUAUACGUGGGAGGGCCUCAACCUGUACCUGGACACUCUCAAACCACGAUACCGCCACAAAAUUCGCAUGUCCUACCCCCGACAAUCUCUUCUGAAAUCUCGCCCGGCAUGUCGAGUAGCAUACCUUCCGGUGUACCGCCAGUGGUGUACACGUUAGGCCAAACAUCUGUGUUCAAUCAAACGACAACAGCCUAUCCUUUGGUACCUCACUGUCACCAACAAUAUCCUGACGGUCAGUUGCCGUUGUCGAACAAUUUAGUCCACGGCGGAACGCCGCCAGUGGCGAUUCAAACCCAGCCUCUGUACGAGCACAUUGAGAAGCAAUCGGAUCAGCAGUUCACCGGGAAAACGUUCAAACCGCCGCAGCCGGAAAUACCUGCCAUAGAUCUGCCGCCUAAAUGGAAAAGCGCGAUCGACGCCAGAGGUAGAACGUACUACUAUCACGUGAAAGAACGGAUAUCGCAAUGGCUACCGCCGCCGCCAGACCACAUUGGCGUUCAACCGGAUUCGUCCUCGUCGUCGGAGUCCAGCGAGGACUCGAGCUCGUCGAACGAAGAGGACGAGGAGAUCGAGGAGGAUAACAACGAGGAUCCGAAAACCGAGGACGUAGAAUUAAAUAAUACUCUGAUGGAGAAAUCAUUGAACGGUUCUAAGCAUAAUAUACCUAAGAAGAGCGGCGCACAUAACCUAACUGGGGUUGCAGGGCCUGUUGUGCCGGAAGGGAAGAAACGACGAGAAGGAUUGGUUCAAGAACGAAUCAUCAGUCCGCGCAGAGAAGAAGAUCGUGUCGACCAUAAAACGCACAAAGGGAUAAAGGAAAAAAUACGCCGUCAAAAAGAAAGAGCGAAAUUCAAGGAACACGUUGAUAAAAUACGAAGACAUCGGCGUAGCAACAAAUCGAAAUCGCAUUCGCGUCAUAGCUUGAACAAGUUACAAUCGCCUUCGACGGAUUUGUCGACGAUGUCGGAACGAAAGAUCAAGGAUACAUUUAGGAUAAAUAUGGCGAACGUGAUGGUACACUUUUUGAAUCCGUACAGAAAAAACGAUUGUAAACAAGGUAGAAUAACUAACACUGAAGAUUUCAAACAUCUUGCAAGGAAGCUUACGCAUUUUGUACUUGCGAAAGAGUUGAAACAUUGUAAGAGCGUUGAUGAGUUGCAGUGUAAUGAAAACGUUAAACAUAAAGCUAAAGAUUUUGUACGUAAGUAUAUGAGUAAGUUUGGUGCAGUAUACCAGAAAAGUACAGACGAAGAUUAAUUAUGUAACUUAUAAUG